GGUGGGCGCUGGGGGCCCCUUAAAGCCUCUGCCCCCCAAGGAGCACACCCCAGACACCCGCCGGCUCCCCCGCAGCUCCGUGGGACCUCACCUGCGCCCCACAGCAGAGAUAACCAAGCAUGUCGGACUCUGAAGAGGUCAUCGAAGAGUAUGAGCAGGAGCAGGAAGAGGAGUACGUGGAAGAAGAAGAGGAAGAAUGGAUUGAGGAAGAAGACGGUCAGGAAGAACAGGUAGAGGAGGCAGAAGAGGAGACUGACGAAACCAAGGCAGAAGAACAAGAAGAUGAAACAAAAGCACCAGGAGAAGGUGGAGAGGGAGACCGAGAUCAGGAGCCUGGGGAAGGUGAAUCAAAGCCCAAACCCAAGCCCUUCAUGCCAAACCUGGUGCCUCCCAAAAUCCCCGAUGGCGAGCGCCUGGAUUUUGAUGACAUCCACCGCAAGCGCAUGGAGAAGGACCUGAAUGAACUGCAGGCCCUCAUCGAAGCCCACUUUGAGAGCAGGAAGAAGGAAGAAGAGGAGCUCAUCUCCCUCAAGGACAGGAUUGAGCAGCGGCGGGCGGAGAGGGCAGAGCAGCAGCGGAUCCGCAGCGAGAGGGAGAAGGAGCGCCAAGCCCGCAUGGCCGAGGAGAGAGCUCGCAAAGAGGAAGAGGAGGCCCGGAAGAAGGCCGAGGAGGAAGCCCGAAAGAAAAAAGCUUUCUCCAACAUGCUGCAUUUUGGAGGUUACAUGCAAAAGUCAGAGAAAAAGGGGGGGAAGAAGCAAACGGAGCGGGAGAAGAAGAAGAAGAUCCUCAGCGAGCGGCGGAAGCCCCUGAACAUCGACCACCUCAGUGAAGACAAGCUGAGGGACAAAGCCAAGGAGCUGUGGCAAACCAUCCGCGACCUGGAGGCUGAGAAAUUUGACCUGCAGGAAAAGUUCAAGCGGCAGAAAUACGAGAUCAACGUCCUCCGAAACCGCGUUAGUGACCACCAGAAGGUCAAAGGGUCGAAGGCUGCCCGUGGGAAGACCAUGGUGGGCGGCCGGUGGAAAUAGAUGGCUCAGAAGGCAGAGGUGAGGCUCGGCCUUGGCGAGCUGCCUGCCCCGCGCCAUGGGGCCUGCCCCGCGCCCGCCGCCCCACUGCGCGGCGCUCGCAGGGGCCUUGCUGCAGGCACGGCGCGGUCUGGGUGGGCAGAGGCUUCACGAGGUGCUGCUUCUCAUCUCCACGCCCCCGAAUGAUGUUGUGUCUGUAAAUAAAGAGAGUG